AUGAGAACGAAUAGUCUCAACAUCGGAGCAGUUUUGGGGGUGAUGUUGGUAGUGGUUGACAUUGAAGCACAGGGAACAGGUGCCGUGUCCGCGUCGCAUUGCACUUUCAACCAGCGCUCCGGUGUUUCUAAGAAGGAAGAGCUAGGGGACGCUAUGAAGGUAGAUAAUGUCUUUCCAGGAGGCCCUAAAAAAGACGUUUUGGUGUCGUGUGCCAAUAAGAGUCGUCAGACAGCGGCAGGGAUUUUCGUUCACUGGUGCUGCAGGUGUGAAUCAGAAACCAGUGGCGACAGGGGCAAUGUUUGCGAAUUUUUUGGAGAUUGUGAAUGUGAUGAUAUCUAUUCAACCUCAAACGUCCCUAAAUGCGUUAAAGGAGACCACAUGUGGAGGGACUCUUCUACUGCGCUGCGGGCGGUUCUUCAGGAUGUCAAGGGGAGAGACGCUUGUAACAUCUCAACACCUAAUGGAAAAGAGAUAUUGAUGAAGCUUACGAGAGAAGAGCUCACAUCUAAUAUAGCACCUCAGGAUUCGUCCUCCAAAAUAUUCUUGUUUCUGCUGGCUGCGCUGCUCAUGCAGGACGAAUCUGUGGCACAAACCUCCAAUUAG